AUGACUCAUAGUGUCCUUGACGGUGAAAAUAAUAGAAAUGAACAAGAUAUCAAACACGAAAAUGAACCUGACGUUAUGGAAGACUUGGACUCAAAUACAUGGGUCGCGUCAGAUGAAAUGCAAAAUCUCCCUACCAGUAUAUUCAAGAAGAACAUACUCCUUCCAGCAACGCGUAAAGCUAUACUUCAGUCUGAACCAAGAAAUAAGGAAAUAUCAUUUGAACCCCCUAUUAUGGACAAAAAAUUAUGGACCAACAUGCCAAAACCUAUCGACAACACCCUUCGUAUGGUCUACGCGUCAAAACCGGAUUCUAGUGAAGAAGACCAGCAUAAUGUCUGGGUACGCCGUGAGCAGGCACUCAAAGCUACUCCGGUCCGUUAUGAUUAUUCUCCAGAAUGGAAACAAUUAUCACCUUUAAGAAGAAUUCCUAUUUCAAAACGGAAAUACAGCGAAAAAAAUUUGCGUAUAUUUCAAAAGGAAAUCAACAGUUUAUUAGUAAAUGCAAUGAUUCAAGGAAUGGAUCCGGAUAUCCCAUGCUUUACAUCCAACCUUUUUAUAAUCCCAAAGAAAACAGGCGAUUUCAGAGCUAUAAUUGACUUAAGAAAAUUGAACCAGUAUGUAAAGUACAAGCACUUCAAAUUAGAAGGAUUGGAUAUUGUGAAAUCUCUAGUCAGAAGAGGCGAUUAUAUGACGUCGAUAGAUCUAAAUCAAGCAUUUUAUCACGUACAGAGGGUUAUCAUAAGUUUCCGAACGCGACUUUUGGAACGCGAUUGCUAUACAAAAAAG